CCGGCGCCAACCAGCUGCACACGCCUCCAUCACCACUGGUCUCUGCGAACCUCCCCGAGGAACAAACAAACAUGGCUCCUUUUGAGAAAUCCAUGGAGAUGAUGCCCUUCAAGCAGAGGAAAUGCCUCGAAACAAGAAAAGAUGAAGUGUGCAGCAUUCGGUCUAAAUUCCCCAACAAGUUGCCUGUAAUUGUUGAACGUUACACCCGUGAAAAGACUCUCCCCCUGUUGGACAAAACAAAGUUCUUGGUUCCCUUCGAGCUCACCUUGGGUCAGUUCCUGUGCCUGCUCAGGAAUAAGAUUGCCUUGGACUCUACCCAGGCUUUGUUCCUCCUGGUGGCAGAGAAGAGCAUGUCCUGCAUGUCCUCCAGCAUGGGGGAGGUUUACUCCCGCUACAGAGACGCUGAUGGCUUCCUCUACAUCACCUACGCCUCACAGGAUAUGUUCGGAGCACCUCGACCAGCAGCCAGGCCGCCUCUCUGAGCCUGCAACAGAUAAAAUGAACUGAACUCGGACCAAUGGUGGUGACGGCACACAACCAAACUGGAAAAAAAAAAGGACAAACUGAGCCAAGCCAAGACUGUUUUGUCCCCAAACUGCAUCUCUGACUACCUCAUGAAACCUUUUGGACUUUUAAACACAGCAAAUCACUCCAUGCUUCAUCAACCUCAACAAGCCAAAACUAGACUAAGGAAGACUUUGUAUUAGACUGAUUGAUUAGUUGAUUGGCUAAAAGUUAACAAUUUCUAUGAAAGUAGGGAAAGUAGAAGUCAAUAUAGAGAAUUGAGGUUUUUUUUUUUUAACAAAAGAAACAACCAAGAAGAUACAGUAGACUCUGUUGCUCCAAAGUCUCAGACAUUAAAAUUGAGAUUAUUUUUUUUUGGCUGUCCUAUGACUUUACAGGCCAAACAUUUUCAAAUUUGUCCUUCAAUAACCUCAGAAACCUUGAGCGUCAGUGCAAACAAACCAGUUUUCACAUAACUGCACCGCCAGAUCAGGGUAAAACCAGUCUACUGGAACCACCGCCACCACCACCACCAUCUUCUCCACUUUACAGAAAGUCAGUGUUUUGCUGGUAAUCAGACUCCCUCUUAGCACUUAUUUCUCCUUCCUCCUCUCUUUUCUCUGAUUCAUCCUCGUCUUACCUUAAAAAUGUGAAGUUGUGCUCCGGACUCUCGCAGACCAUUACAGGGACUUUUGAGGCUGUUGCUGCUGCUCUGAUGUGUUCUGUAUCCAGCUGUCAGUAUUCAAAAAAAUAAAUUAAUUAAU